ACAGUUGAACCUUUGUGCUUGAGUUCCCCCAUAAGAAAAAGAAAAGGCAUACUUCUUCUUCUUAAUCUCUUAAACGUGCAAUUUUCCGACUUAGGGUUUCGGCGAGAGCUCAUAAGUAGAAGCUACUCGAUCGUUUCGGAUUUCGAUUAUCAUUGUUUGGAUUCCUCGGGGUUUGAUCGGGUGUUAGUCUGACUAAAAUGGCUCCAGUUCCGGAUCCGAACAGUGUUGCCGGUGGUGCGAAGCGGGAUGAAGCUACGUUGAAGGUUCCUUCUAAGGAUCCCAAGAAGAAGGAUGAUAAAAAGGAAGAUGAUCUGUCGGAAGAGGACUUGCAACUAAAGCAGAACCUGGAGCUCUAUGUUGAGAGAGUUCAGGACCCCAAUCCUGAGUUGCAGAAAGCUGCUCUUGAAAGCAUGAGGCAGGAAAUUCGUGACGCAACAAGCUCCAUGACAUCAGUUCCAAAACCCCUCAAGUUUCUCCGUCCUCAUUAUGGAACUCUCAAGGAAUUUCAUAUAAAAAUGGCGGAUUCUGAUCUCAAAAAAAUGUUGGCUGAUAUACUUUCUGUCCUGGCAUUGACCAUGUCUGCUGAAGGUGAAAGGGAAAGCUUAAAGUAUAGGUUGACUGGAACAGAGGGUGACAUAGGAUCUUGGGGUCACGAGUAUGUCAGGAAUUUGGCCGGAGAGAUUGCAGAAGAGUAUACAAUGCGUCAGGGUGAAGAGUCCUCUAUUGAAGACUUAAUGGAACUUGUGCGGCAAAUUGUUUCUUUUCACAUGAAGCAUAAUGCUGAAACUGAAGCUGUUGACCUUUUAAUGGAUGUUGAGGAUCUUGAUCUCUUACUUGAGCAUGUUGACAGCACAAAUUUCAGGAGGACGUGCAACUAUCUCACAAGUGCAGCAAAGUAUCUUCCAGGACCAGAUGACAUGUUGGUUCUAGAUAUUGCUUACAUGAUCUACAUGAAGUUUGCAGAGUAUCCAAAUGCUCUGCAAAUUGCAUUAUUUCUUGAUAACAUGCAGUAUGUGAAGCAAGUAUUUACCUCGUGUUCUGAUUUGCUAAAAAAAAAACAGUUCUGCUACAUGAUUGCACGUCAUGGUAUCACCUUUGAGCUUGACCAGGAGAUGGUUGCAAAUAACGAUGACAAAGACGCCCUACAAGAUAUUGUUAACAACACUAAGUUGGGUGAUGGAUAUCUGACACUUGCUAGGGAUAUUGAGGUCAUGGAGGCCAAGACGCCUGAAGACAUCUACAAGGCUCACCUGAUUGAUGGUCGAGCUAGCUCUGGUCCAAGUGUGGAUUCAGCUAGACAAAAUCUGUCUGCGACUUUUGUGAAUGCAUUUGUAAAUGCUGGUUUCGGUCAGGACAAAUUAAUGACAGUACCAUCAGACUCAACUGGAUCGGCUGGAAACUGGAUCUUCAAAAAUAAAGAUCAUGGCAAGAUCAGUGCAACUGCUAGUCUGGGUAUGAUUCAUUUGUGGGAUGUGGACACGGGACUAUCUCAACUGGACAAAUAUUUGCAAGUUAGUGAUAAUUCCAUAGUCGCUGGAGCUGUGCUGGGAAUUGGGAUUGUUAAUUGUGGCAUCAAGAAUGAUUGCGAUCCUGCAUUAGCGCUUCUUGGAGAUUAUAUUGACAAAGAGGAUUCAUCUGUCCGAAUUGGUGCUAUUAUGGGUCUUGGAAUUGCACAUGCGGGUUCCCAAAAUGAUGAGAUAAGAAACCGUUUGUCUCCAAUACUAAAUGAUGCAAAAGCACCUCUCGAUGUGAUUGCAUUUGCUGCACUUAGUUUGGGGAUGAUUUACGUUGGUUCGUGUAACGAAGAGGUGGCACAAUCUAUUAUAUUUGCUUUGAUGGAUCGGAGCGAGGCAGAACUGGAUGAAGCCCUCACUCGUUUCUUGCCUCUUGGACUUGGACUUUUGUACCUUGGUAAACAGGAAAGUGUGGAGGCUACUGCAGAAGUUUCAAAGACGUUCAAUGAGAAAAUCAGAAAGUAUUGUGAUAUGACACUUCUUUCUUGUGCAUAUGCUGGAACUGGGAAUGUCCUUAAGGUCCAAGACCUUCUGGCUCAGUGUGGGGAGCAUCUGGAGAAAGAUGAUAUUCACCAGGGUCCAGCUGUGAUUGGAUUAGCAAUGGUUGCUAUGUCUGAAGAAUUGGGUCUUGAUAUGGGGAUACGUUCUUUGGAGCGUGUGUUACAGUAUGGAGAACAGAAUGUUCGGCGGGCAGUGCCUUUGGCUCUUGGUCUCCUCUGUAUAUCAAACCCAAAGGUGACUGUUAUGGACACCUUGAGCCGGCUAAGCCAUGACACAGAUUCAGAGGUUGCUACGGCAGCCAUUAUCUCCCUUGGUUUGAUAGGCGCUGGAACCAACAAUGCAAGGAUAGCUGGCAUGCUUAGAAAUCUCUCCAGCUAUUAUUACAAGGAUGCCAGCCUUCUCUUCUGUGUGCGUAUUGCUCAAGGGUUUGUGCAUAUGGGAAAGGGUCUAUUAACUCUCAGUCCUUUCCACUCUGAACGGCUAUUGCUAUCGCCAACUGCUCUUGCUGGUAUAGUGACAUUGUUGCAUGCAUGCCUUGACAUGAGAUCCAUCAUAUUGGGGAAAUUCCACUAUGUGCUCUACUUCAUUAUUUUGGCGAUGCAGCCAAGGAUGAUGCUUACAGUGGAUGAGAACCUGAAGCCUAUCUCGGUGCCAGUGCGGGUAGGACAAGCAGUUGAUGUGGUUGGACAGGCGGGUCGACCGAAGACAAUCACUGGGUUCCAAACACACUCGACACCUGUUCUCCUUGCUGCUGGGGAGAGAGCCGAGCUCGCAACCGAGAAGUACAUACCGUUGUCGCCCAUAUUAGAAGGUUUCAUCAUAUUGAAGGAAAAUCCAGACUACAGAGAAGAGUGAAUCCAAAGUUGGAAGUGCGAGCAUAUGAAAGAAAGAGAGCCUUUAAAUACUUUCACUGUGGUUUUAUGUGCACAGUCAGUUUUUUUCUUUCUUAGUUAAUUCGCGUCUGUUACAAGGAAAUGGUUCACAAUCUUUCCUUUUCAAAAAGAAAAACCGCUUCACUGCGUCAACUAGGAACUUUUUGUGCACUUUUAACAUCAUUCUAUUAUAUAGAUGGAUAAGUUUUGAAAUCCAAAAUCUUUAA